UUGACCACGUGACUGAAGAGACGUUUCUAUCGCUGUAAGCAGCCAUCAUUUCACCCAAUACAAGUCUAUGCUAAAAACACAUAGAGAGAGGAUAACAGACUAGUCAUGGAUUUGCUCGGGAAUAACGACUGAAAGGAACAUAUUCACCCCACUCCUUCGCCUAUGCUUUAUUUUCCGGUUGGACAGCCAUUGAAGACCAUAUUGUCUGGCAUUCACAAACUUGCCACCCACUUCUUGGUGUUCCUCAGCCUCGGGUAGGCCAGCGACGGAGAGGCGUGACCCAUUUAAAAGGUGAGCUUAACUAGCAGCUGAUUUGACUUGGUUUCCCAGCAACCACUGGCAUAAAAACACGGCCUUGGUCUCCUUAUUGGCGGAGGGGCAUAGGUGAAGGAGUGGACACUGACUGCCAUCAUUCUCUGUUAUUUACUCUAUAACGAGGGGGAAUAAGGUGCUAAGAAGACCACCCAGAGCAUGGGGCAGAAGGUUCCGGGAGGCAUAAAGACUGUGGACAUGCGGGACCCGGCGUUUCGGCCUCUCAAGCUGGAGCUGCAGGCCCUGGACUACAUCAAGCCCUCCCGCUUGGAUAUGUUGUUGGACAUGCCAUCAGCCUCACAGGAAGUCCAAGUUCAGCACUCGUGGAACAACGAUGACCGCUCGCUAAACAUAUUUGUUAAAGAGGAAAAUAAACUCAUAUUCCACCGGCACCCUGUAGCGCAGAGUACAGAUGCUAUCCGGGGCCAAGUGGGAUACACACGGGGACUGCAUGUGUGGGAGAUCAGCUGGGCCAUGCGCCAGCGGGGCACCCAUGCAGUUGUUGGUGUGGCGACGGGUGAAGCACCGCUGCAUUCUGUAGGAUACACUGCACUUGUAGGAAACAAUAGCGAGUCCUGGGGCUGGGACCUGGGACGUAACAAACUCCAUCACAAUGGCAAGAACCAGCCCAGUAGGACGUAUCCAGCUUUUCUUGAGCCUGAUGAAACCUUUAUCGUCCCAGACUCAUUUUUGGUGGUCCUGGACAUGGAUGAGGGGACUUUAAGUUUUAUCGUUGACGGACAAUAUUUAGGGGUUGCGUUCAGAGGACUCAAAGGAAAGAAGCUAUACCCUGUAGUGAGUGCUGUGUGGGGACACUGUGAAAUCCGAAUCCGGUACAUCAAUGGACUUGAUCCUGAACCCCUGCCGUUAAUGGACCUCUGUAGGCGCUCUGUGCGGGUCGCAUUGGGAAGAGAGCGACUGAGUGAAAUCCAUGGACUGCCCUUACCUGCUUCCCUUAAGAACUACUUGCUCUACCAAUGAUGAUAGUAGUGCCUUUACUUCCAUUCAAGGCAUAGUGUCCACCUGUAUUUCUCUCUGGGAUUAAUCAUCUUUCUGGCAAGCCUGUUUCAUUACAUCUUUGUUUUCGGUGCCGUUCUUGGUCACUGGGCAUGGUACCAAUAAUAUUUUUUACAAAUCAGACUGAGGACAUCUCUUGCUUGAUGCUUUCAGGAUCAAGUGUGGCAUGGUCUCCAGUUGCUUUAAUCGUAUACUAGAAAUCCACCUUGAAGGCUUUCGCCAGAAUCUAAUGGCAGAUAUGAAAACAAGAACCCUUCUCCUCUCCAAACAUGGUUUAGUGAAACUUCAGCGGUUUAUCAAGGCCUUUUCCUUUUUAAUGUUUUGUUUUUUAUUCCAUCCUUUUUUGGGGGGGGGGGGCAUACCUUAAGCUUUCUUUUACUGUCAUUAACAUAAGGGUCCAUAGUGACACUCUGCAGGCAAUGCAAAAUACAUUACCGUCUCAAGACCUUUAGGUUUAACAACCAGCAAGUUUUUAUGUUAACAGACAUUUUUAUAGAUUUUUCAAUUGUCUUUACCCUUGCAGUCUGUAUAAUAAUUUAGCUGAGUCAACUUUGGAUCUGUGGCCAUGGUUAGCAAGUAGACGACACUUAAGACCAUGUCUUCCCUUGCUCACUCUUGGCAGGUUAAAAAUAGCCUGGUUUUAGCUCUAAGUCUGACCGUCUGGCCUGGAAAAACAGCCUUUGACGUCUGCGAGGGGGGAGUUGAGAGACUAGCAUUCAUGGAAACAGCCACGGCUAGUGUUAUGCUAGCUUUUUAAAUCACUCAACAAUUCCCUUGCCUCUAAUCACACUGCAAUAUCUGAAGUGCCUGGGUCAUGAUACUGGUAUAUUAAGAGAGAGCCAUGAUUUGAAGUCCUUUUUAUAUGAAAUUAAAUGUUGCAUCACUGUGAAACUAUGUAGCAUAAAUUAAUUAAAAAGAGGUUGUAUAUCAUACUUUCUGUAAUGGCCCCUAAAAUCCUGUGAACACCCAUAUCCUACAAAUAAUGUUUGCCUGUUUUAUUCUGGAGGACUGUUUUUAACUUGUUGAUUUGUUGAGAAAAGCAGGGAUGGAAUAUUAACACCGCUGUGUGGUGCCUUGUCUAUGAGAUAACAAUGUCAAAAGUGACGAAGGCAAAUGUUGAUGUUUUUUUGCUCUUUUAAAGUCUUUAUGAAGGUAAAAUUGCUGAUUGUCCUGUUAUCCAAAUGUUUGUCCCCCCCCCCAUUCCAGUCUUUUAGAUGUGUAAAUGUAGUUCAUGUUUUGCAGCCUUUUUGCUGAGCAUGAGGGGUAUAGUUUGGUUCUGUUUUUAAAUCCUUUCUGCCUCCAGACCACCAUCUCUUUGUAUUCAGUGAUGUAGAUAAUAUUGGGAACGAUCUAAUAAAGUUUAUUAUAAUUGAA